UUCAAUCCUCACCAACUGACACAGUCACCAAGGCUGCUCCACUGAACCUUGUGUGUGUGUGUGUGUGUGUGUGUGUGUGUGUGUGUGUGUGUGUGUGUGUGUGUGUGUGUGUGUGUGUGUGUGUGUGUGUGUGUGUGUGUGUGUGUGUGUGUGUGUGCGUGCGUGUGCGCGUGGUACCAGUGAGAAAAUUGUAGACAGCUAUCCCUCCAGAAAUAGGGAGGGAGGAAGGGCAAGAUUAAGAGGGGGGAGAAAAGGAAAGUGAGAACUUGGAGAGAGUAUUAAGGGUGGUACUGUGAACUGAGGAAGUCUUCAACUAGACACAGGGAGACAGAGAGAGACAGACAGAGAGAGACAGACAGACACAGGGAGAGAGAGAGAGAGGGAGACAGAGAGACAGAGAGAAACAGAGAGAGAAACAGAGAGAGAAAGAGAGAACAGAGAGAGAAAGAGAGACAGAGAAACAGAGAGAGACCGAGACAGAGAGAGAUGGAAUGCAGAAUUAACACAAACUAAAGGAGGCCAGGACGUUAAAUGACAGUUGUCUGGAGAAACUCAGAUUCCUGACUGCAUCACAGAUCACCCACUCUGACAGCAACAACAUGGCUGGGUUAAGUGUAGUGGCGGUGGCUGGCUGUGUGUGUGAAUGGCUGUUCCCAUGGCGCAGCGGGAGACAGGCGGCACCAGCCCGGUGGUCCGGCAGAUAGACAAACAGUUCCUGGUCUGCAGCAUCUGUCUGGACCACUACCACAACCCUAAAGUCCUGCCCUGCCUGCACACCUUCUGUGAGAAUUGUUUACAGAACUACAUCCCUCCAGAAUCUCUGACGUUGUCGUGUCCUGUGUGUCGACAGACGUCCAUCCUACCAGAGAAAGGAGUAUCCGCUCUACAGAACAACUUCUUCAUCACUAACCUCAUGGAGGUCCUCCAGAGGGAUCCCGAGUGUUCGAGGCUUGAAGCCUGUAGUGUCCUGGAGUCAGUAAAUGCUGCUGCUGCAGGAAAACCCCUCUGUUGCCCCAACCACGAGGGCAAGGUGAUGGAGUUCUACUGCGAGUCGUGUGAGACCGCCAUGUGUCUGGAAUGUACAAAGGGAGAGCACAGAGAGCAUGUGACCGUCCCUCUGAGGGAUGUCCUGGAGCAGCACAAAACUCAACUGAAGACACAGCUAGACGCCAUACGCAAUAGACUGCCCCAGCUAACAGCAGCUAUAGAGCUGGUAGGGGAGAUCUCCAAGCAGCUGACAGACAGGAAGAACGAGGCGGUGACAGAGAUCAGCAGUACCUUCGAGGAGCUGGAAAGGGCGCUACAGCUCAGGAAGACAGCCCUCAUCAAUGACCUGGAGAACAUAUACAGCGCAAAGCAGAAGGUGCUCCAGGCCCAGCUCUCCUCUCUCCUCCAGGGGAAGGACCACAUCCAGAGCAGUUGUAGUUUUACUGAACAGGCCCUGAGCCAUGGCAGUGCCACAGAGGUACUGAUGGUGCAAAAACAGAUGAGUGAGCGGGUGUCUGCCAUGGCCCGUCAUGACUUCCCUGAACGGCCUCACCAGAACGCACAUCUGGACUGUCAGGUGGAGACAGAGGGCCUGCGUCGCUCCCUCCAGAACCUGGGCGUCCUCAUUACUACGGCAGCUGUAGGCCACACCUCCGUCGCCACGGGAGAAGGACUACGCCACGCAGCAACCGGACAGCAUGUCAGCAUCACCGUGACGACCAAAGACAAGGACAGCGAGCUGGUGCGGACAGGGAACGCGGCACUGAGGGCCACUAUCACGCCAGUCGCCGACGGAAGCCGCGUCGUCACGGAACCAGAGGUGACGGACAACAAGAACGGGACGUACGAGGUGGGAUACACGCUACGGUCCGAGGGGGAGUUCUCCUUCGCUCUGACCCUCUACGGCCAGCCGCUACGGGGCAGUCCCUUCCGGCUGCAGGCGGUCAAGCCCUCGGAUGCGCUGCCGUCUCCAGAUGACGUGAAGAGGAGGCUGAAGAGUCCUGGCGGGACAGCGGGUCAUGUCAGACAGAAGGCUGUGAGGAGACCCUCCAGCAUGUUCAGCAUCAAAAAGAAGGAGAACCCCAUCGAGGAUGAACUUAUCCACAGAGUCGGUACGCGAGGGAGAGAGAAGGGCGAGUUCACCAACCUGCAGGGGAUCUCAGCCUCCAGCAAUGGCAGAGUGGUGGUAGCAGACAGUAACAACCAGUGUAUACAGGUGUUCUCCAAUGACGGGCAAUUCAAAAUGAGGUUUGGGGUCAGAGGUCGGUCGCCGGGGCAACUGCAGAGACCCACGGGCGUUACCGUGGAUAUGAACGGUGACAUCAUCGUGGCCGACUACGACAACCGAUGGGUCAGCAUCUUCUCCUCCGAUGGGAAGUUCAAGAAUAAGAUCGGGGCGGGGCGUCUGUUGGGCCCUAAGGGCGUGGCAGUGGACAGGAACGGACACAUCAUCGCCGUGGACAACAAGGCGUGCUGCGUCUUCAUCUUCCAGUCUAACGGGAAGCUGGUCACCAAGUUCGGCGCCAGGGGGACGUCCGAGAGACAGUUUGCAGAAAAAAGUGGUGCCCAUUUAAAUAGAUCUGGCCCAGUGUUCAGUCCACACUUUGUUGCGGUGAACAACAAGAAUGAAAUCAUUGUCACAGAUUUCCACAAUCAUUCUGUGAAGGUGUACAGUGCGGAUGGUGAGUUCCUGUUUAAGUUUGGUUCCCAUGGCGAGGGGAAUGGCCAGUUUAAUGCCCCCACCGGAGUUGCCGUGGAUAUCAAUGGGAACAUCAUCGUGGCCGACUGGGGCAACAGCCGCAUACAGGUAUUUGACAGCGCUGGUUCCUUCCUGUCCUAUAUCAACACAUCAGCUGACCCUCUCUACGGCCCCCAGGGUCUGACCCUCACCUCUGAUGGACACGUGGCCGUAGCCGAUUCUGGGAACCACUGCUUCAAGAUCUACCGCUACCUACAAUGACAGAGAGAUGGAAGGAAGGA